UAUAAAAAAAUCAAUCUUAACAAAUAUAUGUAAUCGCGGAAUAUGCAUGUAUUGUAGAACAAUAGAUACGCAUAAUACACAUAUAAAAUAAAAGUGUAUUUUGUUUCUCAGGAUGCUUUAAUAAUCUGAUUCAAACGUUAUGAUGUUGGAAACGCGCUCCGCGGUUUACAAAAUGAUCAAAGAAAGAGCCCACGAUGAGAGGCAGAUAACUAAUUGGCCGCCACCUUUUUCGUCGGAGAUGACCCCGUACACCGAAAGCGAUUUUGGCAAUUUAGUCAGACGUACUUGCGAAAACAAGAACUUGACUCUCAGAAUCUCCAAAGUAAUUGUCAUCGGUGACGUUGCUGUCGGCAAAACAUCAUUGGUAAACUGUUUCUGUCACAAGCUCUUCGAUAAUAAUUACAAGGCUACAAUUGGCGUGGACUUUGAAGUGGAGAGAUUCGAUAUCCUCGGCUUACCUUUCCAUUUGCAAAUAUGGGAUACCGCCGGACAAGAAAGAUUCAAAUGUAUAGCAGCGUCUUAUUAUCGUGGCGCUAAUGUAAUCAUGAUUGUUUUUGAUGUGAGUAACUUGAUGUCAUUGAGGCAUUGUCAGCAAUGGUUAAAUGAAGCGAGUCGCAGCAAUGUUGGUCCUUAUCAUAUUUUUUUAGUCGGCACGAAAAAGGAUUUAUUGUCACAUCAGGUGUACGAUAUAAUAGAAAAACGGGCGUCGGAAACGGCGAAAGCAAUGCGAGCAGAAUAUUGGGCGGUCUCGUCAAGAACGGGCAACGGGGUAUUCGAAUUAUUCACACGUAUUGCUGCACUUACCUUUCAGGCAAUGGCACUGCGUGAGAUGCAGAGCUUAAAACUCGAACCAAUCAACAUCGGCUCGACGAUAACGCUGAAAAGACAAUCAAAGGAAGCCGAGACAAAGGCACAGAGAAUGCCAAGGUGUCUCAAAUGUCCAUCAUAAUAUGGCUAAUAUAUAAAUAUUAAAUGACAAAAAUAUUAUAUCACAAUUUUUCAGCAAUU